UGACAUCUGAAGUGUCAUGCAGUAAAGAUGUGUAUGGGGAGAUCGUUAAUAUAUAGCCGCGCGUCCGGGCACAUUACACUCAGUUCAUAAUAACCACUCUGAAGCGCACUGCGCGGCUGAAGUUGAAGGCUACUGCAGUUAGUACGGCCCAAGGAUAGAACAAAGCAAGCCUAUUCUGAAAACGGAACACUAAAAUGCAUCAAUAAAACGGAUUCUCUUGAAGACACCCAACUCUCAAGUUUGAACUGGUUUCAUUUUGACAUUUUGAACUAAUAUUUGGGCACUGUGCGAAAGCCAAGCACAUCGGAACAUAAUGCACUGUCAAGCCGAGUUGAGACUCUCCUCCCCUGGGCAGCAGAAAGCAGCCAGGCGUCGCUACAAGACUUUUAUGAUUGACGAAAUUCUUUCCAAGGAAACUUGUGAUUACUUCGAGAAACUUUCUCUUUACUCAGUAUGCCCUUCACUCAUCGUUAGGCCUAAACCUCUGCACUCAUGUUCGGGAUCCUCCUCACUGCGGGCCUACCCCCUCCUCUCAGUCAUCACGCGGCAGCCCCCCAACAUGCCCCCUCACCUCUCCCAACCCUCCUCCCCCGGCCGGGUUCCCCUCUUGCCCCUGCUCUCCCCCCAGCACCGCUCCCGGGUCUCUGAGCCCUCCCCCAGCGAGACACCCGUCAGCAUCAGCAGCGAGUCAGACACGGAGCACAGCAGCCCCCGACUGAAGAAGCCCAGACGCAGCCGCACCAUCUUCACUGAGCUGCAACUCAUGGGCCUGGAGAAGAAGUUCCAGAAACAGAAGUACCUCUCCACCCCUGAUAGACUAGACCUGGCCCAGUCUCUAGGCCUCACACAGCUUCAGGUGAAGACCUGGUACCAGAACAGAAGGAUGAAGUGGAAGAAAAUGGUGCUGAAGGGAGGACAGGAGGCCCCCACCAAGCCCAAGGGCAGGCCCAAGAAGAACUCCAUCCCCACCACCGAGGAGAUUGAGGCAGAGGAAAGGCUGGCCAGGCUGGCUGAGGAGGAGAGGAUGAGGAUGGCAGCCGGAGAGGCCUUGGCCCACGGAGAAGCUCCCCAGUCGGAACCCCAGGACCUCAGCAAGGUCACUGGGGCAACAGAGACCCACAAUCCCAUGGCGGUGAGCGAGGGUCGAGAGCAGCGAGAGCAGCCACUCCCGAUGCAGUCAAAGACACAUGCCGCCAGCUAAAUAAGACAGUUAUUAAUGUCUGAAUGAAACAACUUAAGACUGGUGCUGACUGGAAAACAGAAACACUUACUGUAGUGCCUCAGGAUCACUGAAAAAGCCUGUCUGGUGUUGAUUAGUCAGUCGUGUUUGAGGUUGGACUGGACUGGGUGACAUUCAUAGGUACGGUAGAUCAUUUGGGUUUUGCCAUAUACUGGAAUAAAAAGAGUUUACAUGUAGAGUCAGGCAUGUACACAGAAAUGAAAAAUCCAGAAUUGUACAGUGCAUUUUGUCCCUGUGUUGUUUUCUUUCUAGAACAACAGUGUCACCUCCCCAGCCUCAGACCUGCUUGUUCUACUGCGAGAGGACUCCUUUAGUCGCACGCUGUCCAGUUUGCCUGAGUAUUGCAGCUAUAACAUAACAUAAAAUGACCACACUGGUCAUGGUGCCUUUUUCUCUCAGAGGAUAUCACAAGCUUUACCAGUCUAGAAACACCAAGGUUUAUUAAUACCAAAUUAAGUGUUAUUUUACAAUGUUUGACUUUUGCUUAUUCAAAAUAAUAAUAUUGAAUAAUUACUAUAUGCUCUGAAUUACAGUUGACACUGCCAUUGUACCUAUUCUAUCCAGCUUUGAAUGGAAUUGUAUUUCUGUCCCAGAGCCACAGCAUUGUCUUGUUUAAUUGGUCAAUUAACUUAUGUUGUGUUCCUUUUGCAUUUGAUAUGUUUCCAAAACAAUAUAUUUCAAUUUGUAUCUAUGAACACAUUCACUGUAACAUACUGUAGUAAUAUUCUGGAAAGAAAAAUAUAUGUUAGAUAAUGAUAUAUAUACAGUAUAUGUAAAGUAUUCUAUUUUCAUUUGGAAAAUAAUAGGGUGUAUCUCAUCCUUUACCUUUCUCUUUUGACUGGGGUGGAGUGAUUUUACUGCAAUGAGGGAAGCCUCUUAAACUGUCAGAGACUGUAGAAUUUAAUAAACCACAGCCUGUGCCAAAGAAACUAGGAAACUGCCAAACAUUUAAAAUCUUUUAGAGAGGUUCUCAGCCCGCAGGCCUUUGCAUCAACGGAGCACUCCUCCAACUCUACCUUACGGACUCCCCACAUAAAACUGUCUUCAGCUGCUUGUCAACACUUUUAUUUUCCACUGUUGUUUCCUUCCAACGAUGUUAAUUUGUAAAGAGUUCCUUUUUUAAAACAAAAAAAAUCUAUUUUUAGUUUGAUAUAAACUAGAACAUUAUUUUUCUGAUGUAAAUAAUGCUUGUUGAAUAGGUUUUUUGGCAUGGACAACACAAUGCAGAUUGUUCUGUAUGUUGUUAUUUUUACCAUGUGUUUUGUGUAUUUAAAUACACUUAA